ACGUAUAAAUAGAUACAAAAAUCGACUAAAAUUUAACAUAAAUCCUUCUGAUGGCAAUUCCGAACAAAGUGUUGAUAAGCCUUCCGAAUCUUCUGAAUAUACCACUAAAGAAGACAAUAUUUCAGGUAGUAGUAAUUAUGACAUUUCGGAUAAGAUUCAACAUAACGGAGACAGCAACUGA